AUGAGUCUCUUCGGUGCUCUUCCUCGUGCAGUACGCUUGAGUCCGUCUCGGAUUGCGAUUCCACGCAUCUCUCUGGGUUCACGAAUGCUCUCCUUUUCAUCUGCUGUGAUGAACAGGGACGAGUCGUGGGUGAAACGCGGACCUGUGACGUACCAUGAGCUGAAGCCGUAUACAGAGGCGCCAUCGGGUAAAAUCACUCUGAUAGAUGUGCGUGAGCCGAAUGAGGUUUCCCAAGGCAUGAUUCCGGCGGCUGUGAACGUGCCACUGUCGGAAUUUGCCGCUGCCUUUAACCCGGAAAGCACGGCGCCUGCAUCUAGUGACUUUGAACGCAAGUUUUCAUUCCCGCGCCCGAACUUUGAUGAUCCUAUUAUCUUUUACUGCCGCAGUGGAAAGCGCAGUGGACAGGCACUUGAGACGGCUCAGCAGCGCGGCUGGUGGAAGUACGUAUGA